AUGGGAGCUGAUGGACGACUUGCCAGUGGAGUCCGCUUCCAGGAGGAGCGCCUUGGAGAAGAAAGCGGACUCAAUUUGGCACAGCUGUAUGAGAAACACCUCUGGAUCGACGAGGACAAGCUGUUCUCGCUCGAGCCCAUCUUUGGAGGUUCCACCGCAUACGGAAAGUCGACUGCCCACGGUUCGUGGUGGAUCUACCAGGUCAGGGCAAGAGCAAAUCCAAGGAAUUCAGGGCCAACCAGCGAUCAUUCGCAGCCAUCCAGAUCCGCGAUGCCGGCCUUAACAUCUCGCAAAAGAUGUUUGGCUAUCCUCAACUGGCGGCUACUGAGUUUCAGAAGUACGAGGCUGAUCUGGCGGCCCAGACCAAGAAGCAGGAGGAGCGGGCUGCCGCGCAGAAAGUCAAGGAAGAUGAACUCGCAGCGAAGAAAGCAGCUGCCAUCGUCGCCGGAAACACUGACACUAAUAUGGAUGUUGAUCCUGAGGACUCGAAGCGUACCGAAUCAGAGAGCAUGCAGGUGGACGACAAGGACGACCAGCUGGACGUGGGUUUCAACCCUCGGACCGUCAGAGUCAAGUCUCUCUGCGAUACCAGGACUCCUUGCGUCCAGAUCGAGGUGCAGCAGCCUGACGGCGCCUGGAUUGACUGUUGCAUCUACGCAAACAGUCUACAGCGCAGCGCCAAGACCAUCGGCAUCGACAUCUGUGCCAACGACGACCCCGUGCGCUGCCAGGCGACACUUCCAGACGCGACAAUCAUCAAGGAUCUCCGUGACAACAAGCAACUCAUGCGGGUCGAUCUGGACCAGUACGCACCGGGCGUGGACGUCAACCAGGGAGCUUCCGGCCGACCACACUUCAUCGGUGUUUCGCGAGAGAAGAUCGACGAGUGAUGUAAGAUGUACAACAACUGGAAGAACCGGACGGACCCAUCAGGCACAACAGUCCAUGGCCUGUAUGACGAGUAGCUCUUGA